GCUGGAAGACCCUUCUGAGAGGGAGCAUUUCUUCCAGGAGGUGUUCCCAGUCCACUAUGGCCCUCGGUAUGACACAGCGCUGCAGACACUGGUGUGGGAGUUCCUCUCCAGACUGGAGGAGCUGCUGCCUGUACCAGACCUCACGCAGACAACAGCAUGGCUCGGUGCUGCCCCCUCUGUCCUGGAAGAAUGUGGGCAGAGUGUCUUUGACCCUGAACAACUGAAGACAGUGUUGCAGCACCAUCAGCAUCAUGGAAACCUGAACAAUAGUCAUGUCUCUAAUUACACUACAGAUACCAUCCUGUCCACACUGUCCCUCCCUCCAAUAAUCAGAGUUGUUAUUAACUACGAACCAGACAACUCUGACAAUGUGAGGCCAUACUCAGAUGACGAUGAAGACCACAAUGAAAUCCUGGAUGAAGGCACUGAUAGAUGUUUGGAGGAUCUAGGACUGUCAACAUCAGAGGAACAGGAGGGUCUGUCACCUGCAGAGACCUCAGUGUUGGUUACUCCAGUACCCUGUGAUGAAUUGAACUUGGAUCAUUCUCUCAACGUAAUGGUGAAUGCGGACGAGCCAUCCCAGGUUCUUACCUGCACUCUGCCUCCAUUCUCUCACAGUGAAAUGGCCAACCUCUGCAAGGACAUCAAGACCGACCAAGUAGAAAAGGACAGAAAGCAGGUUGACAAGAAAGAAGAGGUGGUCAAAAAAGGGAACAAAAAGAAUGUGAUCAAACAGGUUGACAAGAAAAAAGAGGGAUUCCCUGCACUUCAAAACAGAACUCAUAUAUGUGAGUGUGGGAAGGUUUUUAAAAAACCAUCACUGCUGACGCUACAUAUGGGAGUUCACACGAUGCCACAUCAUUGUGACCAGUGUCCCAAACGAUAUGCUACUCCUGGGGCACUGAAAAAGCACCAGCUACUUCACACAGAAGAAAGACCAUUCGCAUGUGAACACUGUGACCGGAGGUACAGGAGUGCUUAUGAUCUCAAAGUGCACAUACGCAGUCACUCUGGGGAGCGCCGUCACGUGUGUACUAUCUGUGAGAAGAGGUUUGCCCAUCCAAGUACACUGGUGAGACACACGCGAAUGCAUGCUGGGGAGAAGAAUUAUUUAUGUAGCAUAUGUGGUAAGGCAUUUCUUAGCUCAGGAGAAGUGCGACUGCAUACACGGACGCACACAGGAGAAAACCCCCACACCUGUAAACAUUGUGGAAAGGGUUUCAAAGCAUCUUGCCAUCUUACGGUUCAUCUGCGAUCUCACACAGGCGAGCGUCCUUACACCUGCACCCAAUGCCCCAAAUCUUUCACUACCUCAGACUCUCUUAGAACGCACAUAUAUACUCACACUGGGGAGAAACCUCACCAAUGCUCAGAGUGUGGGAAAACAUUUACUCAGAGGUGUAAUAUGGUAAAUCAUAUGAGAAGAAUUCACCGGUUAAGAUUCUCCAAAAGCAGUCCAACAAAGAAACACAGAAAGUCUUGUAAAAAUGCUUUGAGUUCGAAAGAAACUAUGUAAUAGGUAAUUCCAAUAUUGAUUGCAAUUAUUGAGACAAGAAAUUCCUCUUUUGUAUAUCAGAUUAUCAUAUCAAAACAUGUUUUUCAAUAAACUUCAAAUCAAGGUUUGUCACAUCUACACAUGAUAUUUGCACUGCAAAUAAUGAUUUUAGAAGUGGGAUGAUGAUGAUGACAUUUACCCAAUUUACACUGUUUGACCAACCAGAUUCCUUAACACUUGUAAGAUAUGCAUAUACAAAGUGUCCAUGAGUUUAUUUUCAAAAUGCUAUGUCCACCAAUUUUUCACAUUGGUGUUUUUUCACCUGAAAUUAUUGCAUGUGGGUACCUUCAUGUGUGUGCCAAAUACUAAUGUUCUCAUAUUUUUUUAUUUGUUGAUUUUAGGUGUAUAUUAAAACUAUUGUUUUUAUGCAAAACAUUA